CAAAACAGAGGCCUCUCGGUCAAUGUAGAAGAUCUUGGUACCUUCUCUUUUCCAAUAUAAAUGGACGCGUCCCCCGAUUUCAUGUUCCGUUUUAGCAUCUGCGUUCACGUUAACACUCGCUUAAUUAUUAAGCUGUCUUGAGUUCAUUCUUUCUUUUGGAUAAUAAUUCCACUGAACUGUUGAAGAUGGCAGAGGAGGGACACAAAGUCACUUUGAACGUGUAUGACUUGAGCCAAGGUCUAGCUCGCCAACUGUCAACCACAUUUCUGGGAAAAGCUAUUGAAGCCAUAUGGCACACGGGAGUUGUGGUUUAUGGUAAUGAAUACUAUUUUGGAGGUGGCAUACAGUAUGCUCCUGCUGGAACAACACCGUAUGGCACUCCAAUUCGUGUUGUAGAUCUUGGUGACACACAUGUGCCCAAAGAUGUAUUUGAAAUGUAUCUACAAGAGAUUGGCCCUCGAUAUACUGCAGAAACAUAUAGUCUGCUAACUCAUAAUUGCAACAACUUUAGCAAUGAGGUGGCACAGUUUUUGGUUGGUGCUUCCAUUCCAGACUACAUUUUGAACCUCCCCAAUGAAGUUUUGAGCAGCCCAAUGGGUGCUGUCAUAUGUAAGUUUUGUGACCAUCCUUAUUACCAAUACACUUAUAUAGUAUAGCUGGUUCACAUUUCUAGCUCUUGAUUGAGGGGAAGGGGGUCUGGAAAUGGGGAGAGCUGUCCCCUUGUCCUUCCAUAGACCAAAAUAAAUCUAUAUCUGUUCUUUCCCUUUGGCUUGUCUAUUAGAGUGGAAAUGGGGGGAAGAGGAUUGAGGGGAUUGACUGCUUCAAAAGAAAGAAAACAUUUUCUCUGCUUUUUGGUUGGAUGGAUGAGAAACGAGAGGGGAGAAAAAUCAUGAUUUCACCAAUAUAUCCUUGCAUCUUCUAUAGAAUAUGGACAGAAUGACAGAGAAAAAUGAUUGCACCAUUUUGUUGUCCAUCUUUUGUAGGAUAUUGUCCCCAAAAGAAA